GUCGCAGUGGUUUGUGCCAACGGGCGGGCGGGGCGGAGGGCUCCGGAAACAGGUCUGAGUACUUCCGGGUUGGGGAGCGCGAGGCGAAGGCGGCGGCAGUGGUGGCGGCGGCGGCGGCGGCAGGGCCUAGUCGCCGUGUCGCUCGGGCGGUGGCCAGCGCACCCGAAGCCUCCGCGGGGCGAGAAGUUCCCAGUGCUGAACUCCAAUGUGCAGCAAUGGAUGAUGACAACCUGAACAAGCUCGUGGACCAAAGCCCAGGGCCAGAUGGAUGCCCCCGAGUUGGCCCUGCAGACCUGGUCAGCAGUUCUGAAGAAAGCAGCGAUGGUCAAAGCGGAGACUCUGAGGAAGACACGGGCAGUGAGCAUGGAGAGGAGACAGACAGAGAGGAUGAGGAAGGGUCAUCUGAGGAGGAAGACCCAGAAGACAGAUCUGGUUCUGAAGAUUCUGAAGAUGAAGUACAAACUUCAGAGGCACCUGAGGACCCUCUGGGGAGGCUGGAAGCUGGCAGUGUACUCACUUCGGAUGAAGAUGCAGAGAGCUGCCCGAUUUGUCUCAAUGUGUUCAGAGACCAGGCUGUGGGCACGCCAGAGACCUGUGCCCACUUCUUCUGCCUGGACUGCAUUGUCGAGUGGUCCAGGAAUGCAAACUCCUGUCCAGUUGAUCGAACGAUAUUUAACUGUAUUUGUAUUCGAGCUCAGUUUGGUGGUAAAAUCUUAAAGAAGAUGCCAGUGGAGAACACUAGAGCCUGUGAGGAGGAAGAGGAGGAGGACCCCACCUUCUGUGAGGUGUGCGGCAGGAGUGACCGUGAGGACCGGCUCCUCCUCUGCGAUGGCUGUGAUGCAGGGUACCACAUGGAGUGUCUGGAUCCCCCGCUCCAGGAGGUGCCUGUGGAUGAAUGGUUCUGUCCGCAAUGUGCUACGCCGGGCUCUGGCUCUGCUGCUGAUGUGGCCCCGGUGAGUGAGGAGGAGGUCUCCCUGCUUUUGGCCGAUGUAGUGCCCACCACCAGCAGGCUGCGGCCACGCAUAGGCCGAAUCCGGGCCAUCGCCAGGACAAGGCAGAGUGAGAGAGUGAGGGCGACAGUGAACCGGAACCGGAUCUCCACAGCCAGGAGGGUCCAGCACGUGCCAAGGUACCUGAUGUCCUCCCUGUUGGAUGAAACCAUUGAAGCGGUAGCAACUGGUCUGAGCACGGCUGUAUACCAGCGUCCACUGACACCUCGGACCCCCGCCCGACGGAAAAGGAAGACAGGGAGGCGGAAGAAAGUGCCAGGAAGAAAGAAAACCCGGGCCAGGUUGUCUGUGAAAAGUAAGAGCACAGGUGCAAGAUCCAAGAAACGCCAGCAUCGAGUGAAGAAGAGGAAAGGAAAAAUGCUGAAGAGGGAAGUCACAGUGCGCUCUCGCAUCGCUCGGACACUGGGCCUCCGCAGGCCAGCCCAGGGUAGCUGCAUGCCAUCUAUGUGCCGGCCAGCAGACCCCUCGCUGGGAGUGAUGCGGGCAGAUAUUGGAGCAGCUACUCUUUCACUGUUCGGGGACCCCUACGAGCUGGACCCCUUUGACAGCACUGAAGAGCUGUCUGCAGAUCCCCCUUCUCCUCUGAGUGCCAAGAGGAGGGCUCUGUCCCGCUCGGCCCUGCAAUCUCACCAGCCCGUGGCCAGGCCCAUCUCUGUGGGGCUUUCAAGGAGGCAGCUCCCCACUGCAGUUCCAGAGCCAGCCAUGGAGGCGGCCCCUGUCCCUGAUCUGCUGGGCAGCAUCCUGUCGAGUCAGAGCCUCCUGAUGAUGAGCAGUGCUGACAUCGUCAUCCACCGAGACGGUUCCCUGAGCGCCAAGCAGGCAGCUCCAGUCUCUCUUAAGAGAAAGCCAGGGCAUCUGUCCAGAAGGGAAGAAGCAUCCAGGCUUGGAAGUGGCCUGCAGCCUAGAGCGCCAGCCUCUGGGAGCCCAGCUAGGAGACUCGGGGAAAACCGGCUGCAGGGCUCUGGGCUGAGCUGCAGGAGUGGGCUGACCCUGCCUAGUGUCUCUGCCCUCACAGACCCCCCUGUGAAGCAGGACUUGCCACCAGUGCCUGGGUCUCAGCAGAGCCUGUCAGGUGGCAGCGGGCCUGGCUCACAGCGAAGCAGCACACUGGGGUGUAAUGGCAUCAGCAGGCCGAGUGUGCCUCCUGGGUCUGCCUCAGCCAAGAGUUGCAUUGGCCACUCUAACUCUCCACCUAAGAGGAUAGCCCUAGGACAGGCCCUCCUCUCUCCUAGGAGAACUGACAUCUCAGAGCUGCCCAGGAUACCAAAGCUCCGCAGGGAUGGUGGUGGCAGCAGACAGGACACAGCUCCGGCCCAUGGGCAGAAUGUUGAGAUCCCUAGCACCUGCAUCAGCCGCCUGACAGGCAGGGAGGGGCCUGGGCAGCCUGGACGAGGCCGGGCAGAGGGCAAGCCCAGCAGCAGGGGUCCCCAGGAGCCCAGCUCUAACACAGGAGGCUCCCAGCCCCCUACCCCCAGCUCUCACAGCAACUUGGCUCCUAUGGGGUCCUCAAGAGGGAAGGGCAUUGGGUCAACCUUUGAGAGCUUCCGGAUCAAUAUCCCAGGGAACACAGCACAGUGCAGCCGACUGUCCAGCCCAGGCUUCUGUAACACCUUCCGGCCUGUGGACAGCAAGGUGCAGAGGAAGGAGAGCCCUUCACCUCUCUUCUCCAUCAAGAAGACCAAGCAGCUCAAGAGUGAGAUCUAUGAUCCCUUUGACCCCACGGGCUCCGACUCCAGCCCCCCUAGCAGCAGCCCUGAGCAUCUUGGCCCCAGCCUGCUGCCUUCUGAGAUUACGAGAACCAUCUCCAUUCACAGCCCCAAGGCCCCUGCGUUUCAGGCGGUGCGCUGUGUUACCUCUUACACAGUGGAAGGCAUCUUCAGGAAGGAGCCCGAGUCACCUGGGGAGACUGCAUCCCACAUGUGCAAGCUCCCGGGUGAGGGGGCUGCCAAGGGCACCUCUGACAUAGAGCAAGGGGAGCUGGGGGAGGAGGGCCACACAGAGAGCCAGGGCCUGGGUCCCCGAGGGCAGAGGACAUCUCUACGGGACCCCUGGGACGAUGAGGAUGAGGCAUCUCACAGCACUUUCUUCAGUUCUGAGGAGCGGACCGUGACCUGUGUGUCUAUCAUGGAGCCAGACACUCCACCUAGCCUGGGUGCUCCACAGGCCACGACCCACAGGAUUGUGGAGCUGCGGCCCCCAUCCCGCUCCCGCUCCACCUCCAGCUCACGAGGCAGAAAGAAAGCCAAGAAGAAAAAGGCCAAGGAACAUCGGAGGUCGCGCUCCCGGACUCGCUCCGGCUCCAGGGACAGGGCCUCACGCUCUGUGUCCCCAGCAGUGGAUGAGCAUGCCAGGAGGCACCGGGUUAAAGCCAAGGGCCGGAGAUCUUCCAGUGACAGAGCCAGCAGUCAGGAGAGAGCAAAGCGGAGGAAGACCAAGGACCGGGGUAAGGACCGGAGACGGAGCUCUUGGGGCCGGGACCGGAGGAAGUCCAGGUCACGCUCUGGCAGUCCAGGCAGCUCCUCCUGUGAGCGCCAUGAGACCAGGAGGAGGAAGAGGCACCAGUCAGGGUCCCGGCCUCGGGGGCGGGACUGCUCCCCCCACAGCAGCUUGGAGAGGGUCUGGCGGCACAAGCACCCUCGGGAGAGGAGCCGUGAGUGGCCGGACAGGAAGGAGAACAUGGCCCAACCCCGAGAGAAGAGGAGGAGGCGGUCCCGCUCACCUAGCUCUGAGCAGAGGGAAUGGGAGGCCCAGAGGCCGAGUGCCCAUGAGAUGCGGCCCCACUCACCAGCGAAGAAGGGGCCUCUGAAGGAGGCCUCCCCCCUGCCCGCUUCCCAGGAGGAGCCAAAGCCAGAGGGAGACCAGCCAGGAGAGCAGCCAGCCUUGCCAGAGGUGUGCGUCACACCCAAGGGGACCCCAGCCGAGCAGGCCAUCCCUUCCCCCAGCCCUGUGCCUGUCCCAGCCCCUGAGGUGCCAACCCAGUGUGCACCCGAGGACCUGGACUACGGUGACUCUGUCGAGGCGGGGCACCUCUUCGAGGACUUUUCAAGUGAAGCCAUCUUCAUGCAGCUGGACGACAUGAGCUCACCCCCUUCCCCGGAGAGUACAGACUCCUCCCCAGAGCGGGCCUCCCCACCUAACCUUGCAUUAGCUCAGACCGGCCCACUGUGCAAUGCCACCCUGGCCAGCCUCCCAAGGGAGGUGUCCGUGAUCCAUGCUGAAGACAUUUCUCGACCCCUACCCCAGGCAGAGGAUCUUCCAGGGCAACACCCGCCCGGGCAGGACAUGGCAGAGACAGCUGCCACAGCUCCUGCCCCCCUGGGUGUGCUGCCCAUGGGCUUGGAUGGCCCCUUGGUGAACAGGAGGGCUCCUGAGACAGCCAGGCCUGAGGAGGCAGGGGCACAGGUACCCCUGCUACGGUCCCGAGCCCUGGUGAAAAGGGUCACCUGGAACCUUCAGGAGGCUGAGGGCAGCACCUUGGCCCUGGACAGGGCCCCAAGGACACCACUUCACAGGCCACAGAGGCCCUGGGAAGGAGCCUGGGACACAGAGGACGGGACCCCCAUGGGGGCCAAGCAUGCACUGUUCCCUGAGCCACCCCCUUCCGGCCAGGCAUUCCUGGAGCCCAGGUUCCCCGGCAUGGACCCCUCUCAGGUGGGUGCUGGGCUGGAGUCACCUCUCGGGGCACCAUGGCCCUGGGACCCAGCCCUGUGGGCUCUGGGAGGGGGCUACCAUGGGGCUGUGCACUCACAGGGUUGUCCUCCCCAGGUGUACAGCCCAAGCAUGCCUCCUCCCCCAGCCCAGCCCCCUGGCAUCCCACCUUACGCCUUGGUCAGCCAGCCCUCGGUCCAGUUCCUCCUGCAGGGCAGCCUGCCCUUGGUGGGCUAUGGGCCUGCACAGAGCCUGGCCCCGGUGCCCACCAUGCUGGCUACAGCUUCAGAACCAGCCAGCCAGGCCACCCCCACCAAUAACUCAGAGGAGAGAAUCAACACUCCUAGGCCGGCUGGAGAGAAGACCAAGAAGGAGGAGUACAUGAAGAAGCUGCACAUGCAGGAGCGGGCAGUGGAGGAGGUGAAGCUGGCUAUCAAGCCCUUCUACCAGAAGCGGGAAGUGACCAAGGAGGAGUACAAGGACAUCCUGCGCAAAGCCGUACAGAAGAUCUGUCACAGCAAGAGUGGUGAGAUCAAUCCUGUGAAAGUGGCCAACCUGGUGAAGGCCUACGUGGACAAGUACAGGCACAUGCGCCGACACCGGAAGGCAGAGGCCACCGAGGAGCUGCCCGUCCCAGGGCCAGAGGCCUGAGACAUUUUCGUCUUGCCUCCCCAUCUGAGGCACAGAACUGGGGCACAAGCCUUCUGCCUGUGGGGCUCCUGUGAAAGCAUCUGCACCAGUCUUGCUCAGUUUAAAACUGGACUUUUUUAUAUGUAUAUUAUAGAUACAUUGUUUCCAUUGUGUUCUAAUUUAUCAAAAAUGGUUUAUCUUUA